AUGAAUGCACCGCCAACAUUCGAAUCAUUCCUUUUAUAUGAUGGAGAAAAGAAGGUACAGAAAGAAGAAGAUACUAAAGUUACUAACGCUGCUAUAUUUACUGUGAAUAAGGAAGAUCACACACUUGGAAACAUGAUAAGGCACCAGCUACUCAAGGAUCCUAAAGUAUUGUUUGCUGGUUAUAAAGUACCUCAUCCUUUGGAACACAAGUUUGUACUUCGGAUUCAAACAACAUCAGAUUACACUCCGCAAGAGGCUUUCAUGAAUGCUAUUACUGACCUCACCUCUGAAUUGUCGCUUUUUGAAGAAAGAUUUAAGGAGGCGAUAAAAGAAAAGAAAGAUGGCUUAGAUUAA